CGCAAACAUCAUCAGUUUCAAGGUAGUAAAAUAUCCAUCAGCAUGUUGAAAAUUAUAGUAAUAUUAGUGACUCUAGUAGUUUUCACUCACCAGGCCAAAAUAUUGUUUCUCACCUGCACCCCAGCGCCGAGCCAUCAAAAGCCUUUUCGAGAAGUAUGGAAAGCAUUAUCGUUGAGAGGCCACGAGGUACAUGUGUUAACACCGAACCCUUUAAACGACCCUGAACUCAAAAAUUUAACCGAAUACGAUCUGAGCGAGUAUUACGAGCUAUUGAAACGACACUCUGUGCAAAAUCAAAAAUUUAUUUUGCAAAAAUCCACUUUCUUAAUAGCGUUUUUGAAGGACAUUUUUGCCACGAAAAUUUGGUCGGGGUUGUACAACAGAACUUUAAACCAUGAAGCCUUGAAACAAAUUACAACAAACCAUAAACAUUUCGAUGUUGUCAUUGUAGAAUGGCUGUUUCCUACUCUAGCAGCUCUUGGAGCUUAUUACAAGGCUCCUAUUGUAGGCAUUACUUCAUUAGGAGCUCCUACAGUGGCUUUAGAUUCUUUAGGCAACCCUUCACAUCCUUUAGUGGCCCCUGACAUGAAUUUACCUCUAAGAGCCCAAAACUUACCAUUCAAAGAAAGACUUUUGAGUGGUCUCUACUCAAUUUAUGUUAGACUGCAUUAUCAUUUAGUCGUUUUGCCUAGGGAAGAUGCAAAUAUAAAAAAACAUCUUCAAAAAGACUUACCUUACAUAGGAGAUAUUGAAAAAAAUAUAAGUCUGCUAUUGAUGAAUCGAAAUCCAGUGUUUCAUAGGAUAAUGCCUUUGCUGCCCAAUACGAUUGAUUUGGGCGGCAUUAAAACUGCACUAAUUAUAGAAACAAUGGAGCCUGCUUUGAAGAAGUUCCUUGAUGAAUCAAAAGAAGGAGUGAUUUAUUUCAGUCUUGGGUCUUCAAUGAAGUCAGUUUUUUUGGAUGAAGAUAUUGUGGCUUUAUUGCGAAAAGUUUUCGAAAGUCUUCCUUACAAGGUCAUAUGGAAAUGGGAGGAGGUUGAUAUGGAGGGCAAGCCUCAAAAUGUUUUUAUUGGUCAAUGGAUACCACAGAUUAGUAUUUUAGCACACCCCAACGUCAAACUUUUCAUAACUCAAGGAGGUCUUCAAUCGAUAGAAGAAGCGAUUGCAGCCCAUAAGCCCAUUAUCGGUAUACCGUUCCAUUCUGAUCAAACUACCAACGUGGACACUUGCGUCAAAUAUGGCAUGGGCAAAAUGAUGGAUCUAGAAGACCUCAGCGAGGUUACUUUGAAGAAUAAUAUUUUGGAAAUUGUCAAUAAUCCCAGUUAUGCGGAAAAUGCCAGGAAAUUGGACGAAUUAAUGAAAGACCAGCCCCAAGACGGUCUGGAAAAGGCGAUAUGGUGGAUAGAGUACGUCAUACGUCACAAGGGCGCCAGACAUUUGCGUAGUAUAGCGGUGGACCUCCCUUUGUGGCAAUAUUUGAUGUUGGAUGUUUUCGCUUUUGUGUUUACGGUGAUUUUCGGUUUUAUUUUUAGUGUUUAUGUUUUGGCGAAAUUGAUUUUAAGGGUUGCCUUUGGACGUUCCAAAAAAAUCAAAGCCGAAUAAAUAAUUUUGAGUAGUGUAAAGUUAUAUUUUCUAGUGAUUCUCGUGAAUUCCUAUUUAAUUUGUAUUUAUUUUGUUUUUCUAUCUUGCUUCAUAAGUUAAUUGUAUGCUGUCAAAAUAUACGGAA